AUGCAUAGUUGUUGGCAGCUCGGAGGGUCUCUAGCGCGGCGCGCCCUGAAAAAGCUCGCGAAGCAGCACGGGUCUCCGGCGACGCUCGAUCACUACGUGGCCGCGCCGCGCCGCGUCGACGUCAGCAUGCUCCCCGCACAGUGGCGCCACCGCGCCUCGAUCAAACUGGGCAGGCUUGUCACGUGGGCGACGCGCGAGCCGCCCUUCGCCAUUACCUUGUACGUGGACGACGACACGUAUUUCUGCGGCCCCGCGCCGCGCAUCGCGUCCGAGCUGCUGGCGCUCGGGCGCGCUUCACCCAGCGUUGACGUGCGCAUGACGAACUACUUCGCGGACCGGGGGUUUGGUGCGGAUCGGAAACGGGCCUCCGGUCAGAUGCGAAAAGCCGUGCGGGACUGCCUCCGCGAGCGCUGUGUGGCGUCGUGUGCCACGAAUUCGGAUGCGUGCCUCGCCUGCCGCACGACGUGUCACGAUGCACCGACCGGCGAGAGCGGCGGGAGCUGCCCGGGCGUUCGCUUUUCGCCGCUCGAACGAUUUAGAGCUCAAACUGGGUCCAUUCUCGUGCGCCGCGGCGGCCACGCCAAUGCUUUCUUCCAAGACUGGGCGAAGCGCUACGUCGAGAUGUGGCGCGGCAAGCGGCGCCGGCUCCGCAACAACUCCGUGGGCACGGAUCAAGCGCCCUGCGACUCACUGCUCGCCCGGAGCUGCGCUUCGAAGCGCGUCCGGCCCUGGACGCUGGGCUGGUUGCCCGCCAAUUGGAACCUGCGACCGACGUACUCGCACGCGGAACCGUUGUGGGGCCCCGUGCGCCUGCUCCACGACGACGGCAUCGGGCACCACAAGUCGCCGCGCGACCGCAUCGCUCUCGGAAGGGCCGCCUGCGACCGCGUGAACGCCGCGGGCAACGGCACGGCGGGUUGGCGCGUUGUGGUUUCGUCAGGCUCGCGCCACGGCGCCGCGGUUUUGCGCGAUACGAACGCGCUCGACGAGGUCGUCCGGCCCUUCGCGACGAGUGUGGAGGAUGCGGCCGCGGCGCUGGUCGCGCGGGUGAAGAGGUCUGGUUAACACAAUUACACUAU